CAGUGAAGGAUACCGAUAACAUCUCACUUACUGAUCACAUAAUACAGGCUGUUUUUGGUUUAUUUUUUUAAUCUAAUCUAAGCUCCAUCGUUUUAGUCGUUUUCAAUCAACCUUCUACACCCAGGAAGUAGAAACCCACCGAGAUUUUGGACCCUCGAUCAUGGACGCCAUCAUCCGCUGCCCGUUCCUGUCCCGCGUGCCACAGGCGUUCCUCCAGCAGACCAGGAAAACCCUGGUGAGCUACGCGGUGAAGUGCCCCGUGAUGAUGGACCUGGCGUCGAAGCCGCUGGUCCGCGCCGUGUCCUCCACUCCGGCCAACUUCCAGAAGAGUGAUGAUGUCAUCCAGACGGAAGCUACCGAGGCCCCCGAAAUGCCCAGUGGUCACCCCAAAGCUCCGGCGGGCUCCAAGUGCCCCUUCCUGGCGGCUGAGAUGGGCCAGAAGAACAGCGGCGUGGUGAGACAGGCCAGCAUGGAUCUGCAGGAGGACGUUUCGGAGGUCCGCACCCUGCAGCAAGACGUCUCGGCGCUGGAGCUGAACCCUCACGUGAAGGAGGUGAAGUCUGGAGGGAGCCUGAUGAAGAAGCUGAUGAAACAGCGCCCCACCCUGGUGUCUCACCUGCUGCAGGAGAACAUGCCAAAGUCCGUCUCUAACUUCCGCUACGACGAGUUCUUCGAGAAGAAGAUCGAGACCAAGAAGAACGACCACACCUACCGCGUGUUUAAGACGGUGAACCGGAGAGCCACCGAGUUCCCCAUGGCGGACGAUUACUCCGGGUCUCUGGUGCAGCGGCGCGACGUCUCGGUGUGGUGCAGUAACGACUACCUGGGGAUGAGUCGGCACCCGCGCGUGGUCCAGACCGUCUCGGAGACGCUACAGAGGCACGGCUCGGGCGCCGGGGGGACGCGGAACAUCUCGGGGACCAGCAAGUUCCACGUGGAUCUGGAACACGAGCUGGCCGAUCUGCACGGGAAGGACGCGGCGCUGCUCUUCACCUCCUGCUUCGUCGCUAACGACUCCACGCUGUUCACCCUCGCCAAGAUGCUGCCUGGAUGUGAGAUCUACUCGGACGCCGGGAACCACGCCUCCAUGAUCCAGGGGAUCCGGAACAGCGGAGCGAAGAAGUUCAUCUUCCAUCACAACGACGUGGCUCACCUGAGGGAACUCCUGGAGAAAUCCGAUCCUCACGUUCCCAAGAUCGUGGCCUUCGAGACGGUGCACUCCAUGGACGGCGCGGUGUGCCCCCUGGAGGAGAUGUGCGACGUCGCUCACGAGUUCGGAGCCAUCACGUUCGUGGACGAAGUUCACGCCGUCGGUCUGUACGGAGCCAGAGGAGGAGGAAUCGGCGACCGGGAUGGGGUCAUGCACAAGAUGGACAUCAUCUCCGGAACUCUGGGAAAGGCGUUCGGCUGUGUGGGAGGCUACAUCGCCAGCACCAGCGCUCUGGUGGACACGGUGCGCUCGUACGCCGCCGGUUUCAUCUUCACCACGUCGCUCCCUCCCAUGCUGCUGGCCGGCGCUCGGGAGUCCAUCAGGGUCCUGAAGAGCGAGGAGGGGCGGGUCCUACGCCGCAAACACCAGCGCAACGUCAAACUGCUGCGCCAGAUGCUGAUGGACUCGGGACUGCCCGUCGUCCACUGCCCCUCUCACAUCAUUCCAGUCCGGGUUUCUGAUGCGGAGAAGAACACGGCGGUGUGCGACAUCCUCAUGAACCGCUACAACAUCUACGUUCAGGCCAUCAACUACCCCACCGUCGCCCGCGGCGACGAGCUCCUCCGCAUCGCCCCCACGCCCCAUCACAACCCUCAGAUGAUGAAAUAUUUCGUGGAGAGGCUGCUGCAGGCGUGGCAGGAGGUGGGACUGGAACUGAAACCCCACUCCUCGGCCGAGUGCGACUUCUGCCGGCAGCCACUGCACUUCCAACUGAUGAGCGAGAGGGAGAAGUCGUACUUCAGCGGCCUCAGCCACCCCAUAUCCGCCCUGGCCUGAGGAUCCCGUCACCUCGGCCAUCGCGGAUCGAUAGAGAUGAUUAGAUUUAUAUUUCUCAGAUUAUGUAUAAGAAAAUAAACCAAAAUGGCUUCAACUUCA